CCCUGGGGGAAGCAGUUCCUAAGGGCCCCCCCCCUCCAUCGCCGUGCUCCCACACCCUCGACGCCCACCCGAUGGGCUGGCUCGGCGCCCUGGCGCUGCUGGGCGUCCUGGUGCUGUGCCACGGCCUGCGCCGCCCCAGCAGCCCCCAGCACCAUCCCCAUGUCCACUGCUACAGCGCGGGCGAGCUGCGGGACGGCGAGGCCCCCGCGCACCUCCUGGGCCGCAGCCUGCGCUGGGACCGCUACGUGCCGGUGCAGCUGGUGCCGCAGCUGGAGCGGUUACAGGAGGCCACCGGCCACCGCCGCCACCGCCGCCACCGCGAGCGCGCCUGCCCCGCGCUGCAGCUCCGCACCGGCCUCCACAGCGAGCCCAACGAGCGCUCCAUCUCCCCAUGGCGCUACCGCAUUGAUGAGGAUGAGAACCGCUACCCGCGCAAGCUGGCCUUCGCCGAGUGCCUCUGCAGCGGCUGCGUGGAUGUCAAGACAGGGCGGGAGACGACGUCGCUCAACUCGGUGGCCAUCCACCAGACCAUGAUGGUCCUGCGGCGCAAGCCCUGCCCGCGCCCCUCCGGCCCCGGCCUCGUCACCUUCGAGGUGGACUACAUCAGGGUGCCGGUGGGCUGCACCUGUGUCCUGCCCCGCACCGGGCGCUGACACCCCCCCACCCCAGCUCCCGUGGAGCCCCGUAGCGUGACCGUGUCACCACAUCCACCCUCACCCGUGCUUGUUUUAGAGCACCCACCCGGCACCCCCACCCCCCCCAUAGCCGGGUGUCCCCCCCAAACCCUCACCUUGUUAUUUAUGAGUUAUUUAUAAGCCUUGCUGCUGGGGGACUUUUUUUUUUGUUAACCUGUAUUUAUUGCUGACCCCCCCUCACCCCCGCAAAGGCUGCGACUCCGGGUCCAGCAUCACCCCAUGGUGCCCAAGACCCCACGGCCGGACCCUGCGAGCACUACCCGGGGGCUCGCUGGUUAUUUAUUCCCCUGCAGAACUAUUUAUUGUCUCCUCUAUAUGUGCUAUUUAAUGCCGGCAGCGUGCAAAUAAAGGCUGA